CUAACCCACACUGGAUCCCAGUGUACCUGAACGCAGCACUGAGCCUCUUCCUGUCACAGACCUGUGUUCAGAAUCAUGGGGAACAUUAAAACCUCUGCGCUGCUCUCUCUCAUCGGUUCUCUGUUCAUGCUGUUUUGGCCGCAUGUUCUUCCCAAGAGCGUCUCGACCAGAAUGCAAACUGCAGACAGCACCUCUCUAUCUGCAGGGCAGGGAGGACAGCACCCUCAUGUGGUGAAGCGGUCAACACAGAGCUGUGACAGCACUUAUGACCACUACUGUCUGAACAAAGGCCAGUGCAUGUUUCUGGUGGACAUCAAUGAGCACCACUGCAAUUGUGAAAAGGGUUUUCAUGGCUUCAGGUGUGCCAGUCCGGAGCUUGUCAUCCAGCCAAUGGGAAAAGAGCAGUUAAUUGUGACUGUCUUCUGUGUCAGUCUGCUGAUCAUAGGUCUGACCGGAGCUCUGUACUUCUGCUUUAAAUGGUAUAAGAAGAACAGAGGCUCACAAAGGAGUCCGGACUGUUUGGAGCGUCUCACACACAAGAGACCCUCUACGUCUCUUUCCACGGAAAUGGCAAAGCAGGAUAUUACUCAUUUUUCUAAGUGACAGUUUGGCGUUAGCUGAUAUGCAACUUUACUGGAUUGUGCACAUAUCUUAUGCGUCACUUGGCUUUGGAUCAUUUUUUCAAGCAGGCAGAUCGAGAGAUUAAAACCUCAGUGAGACAAGAAACAGCUUUGUGUGUUGAGCAAUUGUAGUUUCCAGCUCCACAGGUUCUAAUGUUUCAGGGCCUGCAUAUUGAGACACAAAAAAACAGUUUCCACCCAUUAUGAUGGUGGGUCACGAUUAAGAGUGUGACCUAUUUCGAUUGUUGAAUUUUUCAGGUCCUGUGACAUGAUCCAUUUUUUUCCGGAAUUGAAUCCUGCGGCUCUAAAACAUUGAGUAAAAUUCCCCAUGUGUCUUUUCAGCUUCCCAGCAUCCCCCAACAAAGUUUGCUCCAUAUUUUAUAUUUCUGAAUAAAGCUCGGACUGAUCUUCAGAGUAGAAACUCUUUCUCUCAAAUGUUUCUCAUAGAUAUUACGUAUAUUAAUAGAUUUUCAUUUUGGAGGUUCAGUAAAAAAAUACUAAUUUAAAAUACCAAAGUACAGAGUAACACUUUUUUUUAUAACUUGGUUUAACUUUUAUGUAUCGUACUUUUAGCUGUCACAAACAUUUUUUAUAGUAAUUAUUACUGCCGUUAAAUUGGCCAUUGACUGUUACAGAUUAUUUUUUUUAAACUUUAUUUUCGAAAAAAGUUUUCUCAUUGAUGUAAUGAGAAUGAGUAUUGAUGUAAACACUGGAUGAUUUUCUGUUACUGCUGCAACAAUGAAAACAUGAUGUAUAUUAGUUUUUUUCUAUUAAUGUCUUCACAUGGUGUUACUGUGGGAAGGUUACAGCCGAGAGUCUUUAGUUUUCACAUUUUUCUUCCAUGUGAUCAAUAGAAAAUAUCUCAUAAAAAACCAAGGUCAACACAGAUAAUCACCAAAACUGAACAAUGGCAGUAACUUUUCCCAUGACAUUUUUGCAAUUGUAGUAUCAGCUGUACGUGUACCAGGAAAACAUCUUGAAUAAAAUAAAGUGAAUUGAAGCCAAUGCA